AUGACCCUCACAUAUGGCCAUAAGCGCCUCCAGGAUGCCCCAGAGCCUAUCGCGAUCGUUUCUGCAGCAUGUCGAUUACCGGGGCAUGUGAAUGGCCCGCACAAACUAUGGGAACUCCUUCAGUCGGGAGGCACUGCCGUUUCCAAUGAGGUGCCCCAAUCUCGAUUUAGUUCCGAGGGCCAUUUCGACGGGUCAGGCCGGCCGGGCACCAUGAAAGCGCUGAGCGGCAUGUUCAUCGAGGAUAUCGAUCCUGCCGCCUUUGAUGCGGCCUUUUUCAACCUCACCCGGGCUGACGCGAUUGCCAUGGACCCCCAGCAGCGUCAGCUUCUUGAAGUGGUAUACGAGUGCUUUGAAAACGGCGGCAUACCGAUUGAGAAAGUGAGGGGGAAACAAAUCGGCUGCUACGUUGGCAGUCUCAACGGCGGUAAGAGCCUCUGGAUGUCGCGGUGGUCCGUUGCAGACAUAAUUCGGAUUCUCAUUGAUGCAGAUUACCACGACAUGCAGAUGCGAGACCCGGAGCAAAGGGUGUCGGGUCAUGCAGUUGGCACGGGUCGAGCCAUACUGAGUAACAGAAUUAGCCACUUCUUCGACCUAAGAGGAUCGAGUUUCACAAUUGACACAGCGUGCUCGAGCGGCCUUGUGGGAGUAGACGUCGCCUGCAAGAAUCUCCGCGCGGGAACACUGACCGGAGCAGUCGUGGCUGGUGUCAAUCUGUGGCUAUCACCAGAACACACCGAAGAAAGGGGCACCAUGCGGGCAGCGUACUCAGCGAGCGGCAAGUGUCACACCUUCGAUGCUAAGGCUGACGGAUACUGCCGCGCGGAGGCCGUUAAUGCUGUGUACCUGAAGCGUCUAUCAGAUGCUGUGAGGGACGGCGAUCCUAUCCGCGCAGUGAUUCGGGGAACCGCGAGUAACAGCGACGGGUGGACCCCCGGGAUCAACAGCCCUAGCGCCCAAGCUCAAGCGGCGAUGAUUCGCGAAGCUUAUGCAAAUGCUGGUAUCGACAGCAGCGAGUACGCCGAGACGGGAUACCUCGAGUGUCAUGGAACGGGUACCCCGGCGGGAGACCCUACUGAAGUCAAAGGCGCGGCGUCAGUGCUUGCUCACAUGCGCCCACCGGCGAGCCCCUUGAUCAUCGGAUCGGUGAAGAGCAACAUUGGGCACUCGGAGCCAGGAGCAGGUCUCUCUGGCCUCAUCAAGGCGAUGCUGGUGGUCGAGGAGGGCGAAAUCCCCGGCAAUCCCACGUUUCUCAACCCAAAUCCAGCCAUCGAUUUCGAUAACCUCCGGGUAUAUGCCACCCGGAUAAGGAUUCCAUGGCCCAAAGAAUCAAGCCACUACAGACGUGCAAGCGUCAACUCGUUUGGCUUUGGAGGCUCCAAUGCACAUGCUGUACUAGACAAUGCGGAGCACUACCUUGGGAAGUACUGGGCAUCCCUCGAGAUACCCCGAUCUCACCUCAGCUCAUAUAUCAAUCUGUCCGACAUGCUGUCCUUGUUUGACGGACGGCGAUCAUCCAAAACAGUCACUCGGCGGCCCCAAGUACUGGUUUUCUCGGCCAACGACAUGGAUUCGCUCAAACGCCAGAUAUCGACGCUUUCAGCCCAUCUCCUCAACCCCCGAGUCAAAGUCAAGCUUUCAGAUCUCAGCUAUACACUCUCGGAGCGGCGAUCCCGUCAUUUUUGCCGCGCAUUCCUGCUAAGCUACCCCGCGAAGAGUGGACAUGCCAGUAAGAUCGCCGUGGAGGAGGCUCAGUUUUCCAAGAUCUCGCAAGAGGCAACCAGAAUCGGCUUUGUUUUCACCGGCCAAGGCGCGCAGUGGUCACAAAUGGGGCUGGAGCUGGUCAGAACGUUCCCAGGGGUAGUGAAGCCCAUUCUGGAGCAGCUCGACAACGUGCUACAGGAGCUGCCAGCAGACCUCAAGUCAGAGUGGUCGCUGCUGCAAGAGCUUACGGAAGCUCGCUCGUCUGAGCAUCUGAGCAGGCCGGAAUUCUCGCAACCUCUCGUGACCGCGCUCCAGCUGGCACAACUAGCGGUAUUGCAAUCCUGGGGUGUGCGGGCAGAAGCCGUGAUAGGUCAUUCUUCAGGUGAAAUAGCAGCCGCGUGCAGCGCAGGACUCCUUACACCCCGGCAGGCUAUUCUGAAUGCGUAUUUCAGAGGACUCGCAGGGAAAAGUGCUCUGGCAACUAGUCCGAAGGGCAUGAUGGCUGUGGGACUCGGUGCACAGGAUGUCCAGCCGUACCUCGAGGGCGUAAGUGCCGACGUGGUAAUCGCAUGCCACAACAGCCCAGCUAGUGUCACGCUGUCCGGUUCGGCCUCCACAUUAGCGGAGCUGGAAGGGACCAUCAAAGCCGCUGGACACUUUGCCCGAAUGUUGCGAGUGGAGGUCGCGUACCACUCGCCUCACAUGGCCAAGAUAGCCAACCGUUACGAAGAGCUGCUGAAGGAGCACGGAAGGCUGGACGAUGGCAGUAAAACCAAUAAGAGAUCGAAUCGUAUGAUCUCCACCGUGACCGAAGAUGAGGUUACUGGAGCUCAAGUCUGUGACGCGGCAUAUUGGAAAGCGAACAUGCUGUCGCCCGUUCGAUUCGACGGCGCAUGCAACAAGCUGUUAACGAACACGCAACUCGCUCCCAAUUUCCUCAUAGAACUGGGGCCCAGCAACACGCUCGCAGGACCAGUCACUCAGAUUGCCAGAGCAGCCAAGGUGGACAACCUCACGUAUGCUGCCGCGAAUAAGCGUGGCCCCGACGAGAGCUCCCGCGCAAUCUUCGACGUUGCAGGCCACCUGUUCCUGCAGAAUGCCGACAUCUCACUUGACAAGGUGAACCUCGGCGACAAUACACCAGAUAAGGCGAAGCCCGCGGUGAUCGUUGAUCUGCCCAACUACCAGUGGAAGCAUUCUACCCACUACUGGCACGAGAGUCUGGCCAGCAAGGAUUGGAGAUUCAAGAAGUUCCCGUCCCAUGACUUGCUUGGGAGCAAGGUUAUCGGCACGCUGUGGCAGAGCCCGUCCUGGCACAAGAUGCUGCGUCUGUCCGACGUGCCCUGGCUGCGGGACCACCGGAUUGGAUCAGAGAUACUCUUUCCCGCUGCUGGCUAUCUGGCCAUGGCCAUGGAAGCUGUUCGCCAAGCCGCUUUGUCGACUGCAACAGCUGAAGCUCGAGAGCUCCUGAAGACGAGACACUACCGCUACUGCCUCCGGGAUGUACAAUUUCCGCGAGGACUGGUGCUCGAGGAUGAUGCCGAAGUUCAUAUUAUGCUUUUACUGGUACCCAUGGCAAAGCUCGGGCAGGGAUGGUGGGAAUAUAAGAUCACCUCUCUCGCGGAAUCGGAUUCAGUAGCAUCGUCAUCAUCGUCAACCUUGUCCCCGGAGAAGUGGAACAUCAACUCCACCGGAUUGGUUCGACUAGAGACAAUCCUAGAGGCAUCAUCGUCUCGAGCACCAGAGCACACCUGCAGCUUGCCUUUGGAUAACCCGACACCUGGACAGAUGUGGUACAAGUCUCUCAGGGACGCCGGAUACUCUUACGGUCCAAGUUUCCAGAGACUGGUAGCCGUCGAGAGCACGGAGGGAAAGUCAGCCACGCGCUCUCUUAUCUCUUUGGAACCGCCACGAUCCAAGUGGGAGCCGCAGUCAGAAUACCCACUGCACCCAGCUCCUCUGGACAGCGUCCUCCAGAGCAUGUUCCCCUCGCUUCAUCGUGGAAAUCGAACUAAACUAGACCAGCUACUCGUCCCAAGAGGAAUCGGUGAGCUGACCGUCUCUGGAGACAUCUGGAAGUCCGGAGAAGCAAUUUCUGUGACCACCUGGAACAAGGUGUCCGGAGACGCGUCUUUGUACGAUCCUGCCAGUCGAUCGCUAAUCAUGCAGCUCAACAGCGUGUCGUUCUCUCCCAUGCUGGAUGGUCGAGACAGUCUUUACAUGUCCCAUGUCUAUACUCAAUUGACGUGGAAGCCAGAUUUCCAACUUCUGGAUACUGAUGAGAAGCUCCAACAGGCCCUCAGCGGUGGUGAUGGCGCUGCGUCUUCCCUUGUCCAGGAUCUUCUCGACCUCGCCGCUCACAAGGCGCCUAAUUUGAGGGUUCUCGAGUUCAAUCUCGUUCCCGGAAGCUCGGAAUCCCUGUGGCUUGCCGGACAUCCAACACCGCGUGCUGUUCGCACGGCCCUUACUGAAUUCCACUUUGCUGCCAACAGCGCUGAUACUGCGCUCGCCGCCCAAGAGGAAUAUGCAGAGUGGCCGGCGGCACGAACCGCCCGCUUCAGUGUGCUUGAUCCUUUCAGCAAAGCCCUUGCUGUACCCGCAGGAAGUUCCCAGUUCGAUCUUGUGAUAAUCAGGCGGCCUCAGCAUGCAGACUUGGGCGAGCUCGACAUUCUCGUCGGCAACUUGCGCCGUCUGACUUCCGACGGCGGCAGUGUAAUAUUCUAUGAUUCCAAACAGUCCAGUCUGUCAGGGGGUCGAGGUUUGGCGAAUGGGCACAACCAUUUCCCCGCUGCACUGCAACGCUUUGGUCUCACUAAGGUUCGCCAGACGAGGGAUGGGAGCUGCAUUGUGGCAGAGGUCAGCCCAGCACAGAAUCUCUCUCUCCGCAAUGAUUUCAGAGUCGUUAUUGUGCGGUUCUCAACUGCGCGGUCCACUAUUAUCGAUCACACCAUUUCGCAGCUGCGCCAAUUUGGGUGGACCUUGACGGAGAUUUGCAUCUACAAUGAAUCCGGCACUGGGCUUCCACAACUUCCUCCCAAAUCAACGGUGCUCGUUCUCGACGAAUUGGACCGGCCUUUGCUGGCCACCGCGACCGACCAUGAAUGGACGGCGCUCCAGGCGAUAAUACAGUCAGAAUGUAACUUACUUUGGGUGACUGAGGGCUCGCAAGUUAGGCCUACUGCGCCGCUCAAGGCCGUUGCGCAUGGGAUCUUUCGUACUGUCCGCGCCGAGGUACCCAUGAUGCGCAUAGUGACUCUGGACGUCGAGUCAGCCACAACUGAGAGUUUGGGCACAAACGCGUCGGCCAUCAAUAUGGCUCUGAGAGAGAUAACUUUAGCGGACAGAUCGUCCCUCCCCAUUGAGUGCGAGAUUGCGGAACGAGGUGGUCUGUUGCAUGUCAGCCGGAUAUGGCCGGAUGCUGGCGUGAAUAAACGCAAGGUGGAAGACAACGCAGGAGGCGCACCACCUGUGCUAACCAAUCUGCAUGAUUCAAAGUCUACCAUUCGCUUGAUGGCAAGCAGACCUGGUAGUUUGGAGGCGCUGCAUUUCGCCGAGCAAGGUCGAGAUGUGUGCAGUAGGCAAGAUAUGGGACCGGAUGAUGUUGAGGUCGAGAUCUUCGCCGCUGGUUGCAACUCCAGAGACAUUGAUGUGGCUAUGGGCGAUAUCUCUGGGGAUUUGGAUGGACUCGGCUUGGAAGGUGCUGGCGUGGUCGUCCGCGUCGGCGCCUGUGUCAGCGCUCGCUGUGUUGGCCAGCGGGUGGCAGUGUUUGGCAAAGGCUGCUUUGCGAACCGAGUCACCGUCUCAUGCAAAGCCACCUUUCCUUUGCCUGAUGCCAUGUCGUUUGAGCAGGCUGCGACGCUGCCAAUCGCCUUGCUCACCGCUUUAUACGCCGUUGGUCGUCUCGCACAUGUACAGGGAGAUGAUCGUGUUUUAGUCCAUUCACCUUGUACUGAUGUUGGGAUCGCUUGCAUCCGACUCUGCCAGCGCUCGGGGUCGACUCCCUUCGCGACGGUGGACAACCUGGAGCAGCGCCAUUUUCUGACUCACGAGCUUGGACUACCGGAAGAUCAUAUCUUCAUGUCGGAGCCUGCAGCAUUUCCUCGCGCUCUCCGCCACGCAACCAAGGGCCAUGGGCUUGACGUGAUUAUCAGUCAGCCUGCAAAUCGCAAUCUCGACAAUGAAAACAUGCGGCUACUUGCCCCUGGUGGACGACUUAUCGGGAUAGCAAACGGAGGCGCCGAUGUUGGAAAUUUGCUGCCCACGGGAUCUCUCGCUCCCAACUGUUCUUUCCAGAGGUUGGAUGUAACAGCUUUACCGGAGAAAACCAUUGAAUCUGGAAACUCAUUUGACAGUGUGUUCUUGGAGCUUUCUCGGCUCGUCACAGAUGGCAGUGUGCAGCCCCUGUCACCAAGCACACUCUUGGGUUAUGAAGAGAUACCCAAGGCCCUGCAGCUUCUUCGAGAAGGCACCCACAUCGGAAAGAUCGUUAUUUCAGACCCCCGUGGCACGAAGCUUGCUGUUCUGACCCGACCUGCAACAACCCUGGCACAGAGUAUGAUUAACCCUAGCCACUGUUAUCUCUUGGUGGGUGGUUUGAAAGGGAUCUGCGGUAGUCUUGCCAUCCAUUUAGCCUCCCACGGGGCCAAGAACAUUGCCGUCAUGUCCCGCAGUGGUGGUGGAGACCAGGUGUCUCAGGGCAUCGCUCGAAACAUCAGAGCACUGGGGUGUUCUCUUGACCUGCUUCAAGGCGAUGUCACUUCUAUCAGCGACGUCAGGCGGGCCUUUAGCCAGAUCUCGGUUCCUCUGGGUGGAAUCAUCCAAGGAGCCGCCGUAUUCCGAGAUCGGACGUUUGAAUCCAUGUCUCACGAAGACUACCACGCCGCUGUGUCGAGCAAGGUGACGGGCACAUGCAACCUACAUACGGUCUCCCUCGAAACAAAUCAACCGAUCUCAUUCUUCACCAUGCUGUCUUCCAUUUCAGGCGUCAUAGGCCAGAAGGGACAAGCCAACUACGCUGGUGGCAAUGCAUUCCAAGACGCCUUUGCAGAGUAUCGCCGCGCAUUGGGGCUGCCCGCCAUCAGUAUUGACCUCGGACCCGUAGAAGACGUCGGAGUCAUUCACGGUAACGAAGACCUCCAGAAUAGGUUCGACGGUAGCACUCUGCUCAGCAUCAAUGAGGGCCUGCUGCGCCGAAUCUUUGACUACUCAAUCCUUCAGCAGCAUCCGGAUCCACAGCACCGUCUGAACGUCACGAGCCAAGGCCAGAUGAUUACCAGUAUACUCGUUCCCCAGCCUGAAGACAGCGAUCUGCUCAGAGAUUGCCGCUUUCGAGGCUUGCGAGCCCUUGGAGAACAUAGUCCACGCUCACGGCGGGACCCUACCAAAGAUAAAGAGAUCCAGAGCCUCUUGUUUCUGGCCCAAUCCCAGGAUCCCGAUCGUGCAGCCCUGCGCGCCGCCGCUAUCACGGUCGUGGGUGCGCGGCUGGCAAAGCAGCUUCGCUUAACGGAUGCAGUCGACCCGGCACGUCCCUUGUCCUACUACGGGUUAGACUCUCUGGCGGCUGUCGAGCUACGGACCUGGGUGCGUAUGACACUGGCGAUAGAGCUCACCACUUUGGAUGUGAUGAAUGCAGCCAGCCUGGGAGAAUUGUGUGAGAAGGUGAUUGGGAAAAUGGGAUUUGGCAUGUAG